AAAAGGGACAGGUCCUUACUUACUAACAACUCCUCUAUCAUUUUUCAUUGCUGGAGGGGUUGACCCCCUUACCUGAAAUACCUGGCUCCGCCAUUGUACGCAUGUGCUUAAAACUAGGCAUGUAACAAUUUGCCUUCAAUUGUCAUGAUUUGGAUUCACGAUUCGAUUAUCUCCUUUUUUGCUUCCGACUUCUCAUUUUUUACGUGGCAAUAUUUGUACACUUUGGUUUGCUCAUUUUUUAAAUGUAGAAACAGGUGCAAAUUUACAUCUCACGUGCAUACAUUUUAAAAUAAGUUAUUCUUAAAAACAUAACUAAAUCCAUGUAUCGUGAACUUAAAUUACACUCCACAAAACUACAAAAAAGACGAAGGUCCCCCAUUUAGCCUUUUACAGACUCUUGGGGCAAGUGCCGUUCGUGAGCACCUAUGAAGGCUGGCACAGUACAAGGGUAGGUGGCCAACACUACACCUGGCCGCCUUUGUCUCCCCAGUGCUCAUGUACACACUGCACCAGGUAUUGUACUCAAAUUAUUAAGGGCUGAGUUUACCUAGAGGAGGCCCAAGACCGGUUGAAAUAUAAGCGGGAAUCCAACUCGGGUAGCUGGCUUCGUAGUGCAGUGUGCAGAUCACGACACUACACUACCCUACACACACGCACACACAUAUAGAAAUACUAAAUAAAAAACACAAUGAUACGCUGCUUAUCCAUAGGCUGUUGUGCAUGUGUUGUUAGCAAGUACCUAUUAAGUCCGGCAUGGCGCACAAGGGGGUGAUGUGACCAGCACCACGCCAGGCCACCUUUGUCUCCCGAGCACUGAUAUUGACACACUGUAUCCAGACCUCAUUUCAGGUCGAGUCGACCUAGGAAAGACCAAAGUACAGGAUAAGAUACAAUUUUCUGUUUCCAUCAUCAAAUAUGGAAAUUUAACACGCAGGCUUUCGCGACCAGUAUUCUGUUAACGUGACACAUUUUUUACUGAUUGGCCAUGUCGGGUGGUGGAUGGUUGCGACACAUUUAUAAUAACGCUAUAUAACCCAAGAACCUUUGUUAUGAAAUAUGGAAAUGACAAGUUUCAACAAAACAAAAACCUGUACAAAAUCCACUCGGCCCUGCGCAUUAUGGAAAAAUCAUCAACAGUUCCAUAAGAACUGCAUUGUGGUCCUCUACUCAAGGUUCCCCAUCAAACAAAUUUGAUCAAAUGAGACCGACUAACCAGCAGUAGUGAGGCAGACAACUGUGGACCGGUUCAUCCUUAUGACACAUUAGUACAGUAUAGUAACCAAUGCUCACAGCUAAAACUUCUGCCUCUGGGAACCAGUCGCCACUGCUACACUAUGGCGUCCAUUAAAUUGGCUGUUAACAAUAAUUAAAUGCAUUUUUUUAAUCAUUAAUUUGGCUGAAAAUAUCAGCUCCGAUAAUUAAAAGUACUGGUGUUUCCCUCUGCCAUGAAACAAACAUUUAUGAUAUUCCUUCGAUUUAAAAUAUCACUUCUUUUGCAAUGUGGUGAGCGAACCCGGAACGAUUUGGUGGUUUAUGUCUGAUAUGCACUACAUCCCUGUACUUGUGGUUAGCGGACUUUGUGCGACUUGGUGCUUCAGUGUUGGAUAGUUUUCGAAAGAAGUUCAACAUAGAUACAUACAUACUGUACAGUGUUAAUGUCCAUUAACCUGCCAAUGUUAUUUUUAAUGAUGAAUGAAUUUAAUGUUGUUUUCCUUGAAUGUGUUUGCUACUGUCUGCUUACGGCUAAAUGUUUCUUACCCGCAUCAACAAAUAAAAUCAAUCAAUAAAACACAUUUCUUUGCAACGUAACAUGUAGGAACGUGCUGCCCCUAGUGUAUUGAUAAAACAAAACACACUUGAGAUCUUGGCAGUAGUUGUGUAAUAUCUGCUUCCACGAAACAGUCUGACACAAGGGGAAGAUAGUGUUCUGCAUUAAAUCCAGAUGAAUACUUAAUUUCAUGACACGAUGCUGGCAGCACAAUUGAAGACAAAAAUGAAAUUUCCAAGAAUUAUCCAAACAAGCUAACACACCUCUGAAAAAAUAUUUAAAUGCAGUUAGUAAGCAUGCAACGAUUCACACCUUCCCUCUGUGAGAUGGUGAAUUUUAAUGAUGCAAUUAUUUGUGUCUCACUUGUCUCCUUCCAUUAACCUAAACGUGAAAUAACACUAUUGUUGCUUGUCUCAUGAGUAAGAAUACAUUUCAAAUGAUGCAUCGAGUAUUAUUCAUGCAUAUGAUGAUGCAUGCAUUGAAUCGCGAACAUUAUAAUACAUUGUUUUCCAUUCCUAUAUGUUGCAUGUAGUGUGAAGCAGUUAUGCAGCAGAUAGAGGACUGUGCUGGUUCGAUUUCCAGCCACGGCUAACAUCAGUGCUGUGAGAUAACUGAACUGGGCCUAGGCCCCUACCCAUAACCGACACUGACCAGUUUGGUGAAGUACAGUCAAAUUGUCAUGACUAAAAUGGCAUGGGAAUGCCUUCAUCCAGCGAUUGACAGCCAUAAAUUAUUGCUGAUUUAAUGGUAUAUUUAAGUGGUUCACAUGAUCCCUACAGCCACAAGAUGUUCUAUAUUCACUACAAUGGAAAAAAUAAUUAUCUGAACCUUGGAUCAAAUCACGACCCCAACACGUGGCAAUUCUUGGAUAAACACUCGCAGACACACUUUGUAACCCUCAGUCGCACACACUCUCCCGUUCACUUGCAGAGAGAUUAACUCCUUCACUGGUCAACUCCACCAUGGGCCAAUCCCCAAGCUAUGAUGGGCCCGGCCUAGUCUUCCUGCACUAUAACCUGACAGGACGUCUCCGUGGCCGCAAAUUCGACCCCGGUUGGCUCAACAACAACACCAAUGGCUCCAUGCUCACCAGUCCACGAUCACUCGGCACCGACACAAAGACCAUGGUGAUGGCCGUGGUUUGUGCCCUCAUCGUCGCCGAAAAUGCUGCCGUUCUGCUCGCCCUCUUCCGCCACCGAACCCACAUGCGCACGGCCACGCACUGCCUGUGCCUCAUGGGCAACCUGGCAUUCGCCGAUGCCGUGGCGGCCGCCGCUUACUGUGCCAACGUCCUCCUGUCCGGCGGCGCCGCGACACUCUCGUUGACACCCGCGCGAUGGUUCGCCCGCGAGGGGGCCGCCUUUGCCGCGCUCGCCGCCUCCCUCUUCAGCUUCGUUGCCAUCGCCGCGGAGCGCCACGCGGCCAUGAUCCGCUCGCGGCCUGGCACUAGGGGCAACGGUGGCGGCAGCGGCAACGGCCAGCGACGCCGGCCCCACCGUGGCCCGUUUGGUAAGAGUGGCGGGGUCGGCGGCGGUCGGGCUGGGAGGACGACAAGGCCGCUGCUCACCGUGGGGGCAUGCUGGGCCGUGGCAAUCCUCGUGGCGGUGCUGCCCAGCCUUGGCUGGAACUGCAUGGGGCAUGUGAGCGAGUGCUCCACGCUGCUCCCACUCUACGCGCGCAGCUACGUGGCGUUCUGCCUGGCGGCGUCUCUACUAGCGCUGACAGCCACCGUGGCGCUCUACGCUCGCCUUUACCGCGCCGUCGCAGCCAGCCGGCGGAAGCCCGCUCGAGCACUGCGGGCCGCACGGAGGAAGAUAUCAUCAUCGUCAUCGCUAACGUCAUCAUCAUCGUCCCGCUGCCGCCGCCCACGCCGCUCACUGGGCCUCCUGCGCACGCUAGCCCUCGUCGUGGGCGUCUUCAUCACCUGCUGGUCGCCGCUCUUUGCCCUCCUCGCCGUGGACGUGGCAUGCGAUAGCCGGCGCUGCCCCGUGCUCCUGCGCGCCGCCGACUACGCCAUCGCGUUGGCCGUGCUCAACUCAGCCGCCAACCCCAUCAUCUAUGCCGCCUGCAGCCGCGACAUGCGCCAGGCGUUCACUGCGCUCGUUUGCUGCCUCCGCGGCGAGCGCUCCCACGCUAAUAGACGAGGCAGCAACGGGAGCACCAGCGGUGGUCGGAGCCCGUCCAGCGUUUCGUCUUCGUUGAGCGUGCGGCCCAACUUAGCCGUCGGUGAUGCAGGAGCGACAGUGGUUGGAGCUGCGAAGAUGGUGCCCUCCUUUUUGGAGGAUCGAGACAAGGUGCCAUUGUCACCUUCUUUCUCUAGCUCCUCCUUCUCCACAUCCCCCUGUCCUUCUAAUAACAACAAUGCUUUGGCAUCACCGUCAAAGGUGGUGGUGAUGAUGAUGGUGGUGGCAACUGCGAAAGAGGCAACCACGGAUCCCCCUUCGAGUGGAGUCUUUGUGUUUCCUGAGCCAAUGAAAGAGGAAGAUGUAACAGUGGAGAGAUGAUGGGAGUUGAUUAUGCGAGGGAGUCAAUGGUUAUAUUUAGAAGUAUCACACUGUUCAAAUGAGUGUGGGGCAGUGCUCAUCACUGUUGGAAGUUCUACAAACCCAUGGCAGAGGCCAGCAUCUUUAUAAAAUGGAUAAUGUUGUGGCUUCCAACAAAGUGGGUUUAACUCAUUUUAAUGGCCCGAGACAAAUGAUGGUGGGGCUGACUCGAGCCUCUCCUGGAAUAUUCAACGUUUUGUUUGAAACAUUAUUCAGGAAAAUUGUGAAACUUUGACUUUGAUGGAGAAUAGGAAGAGUUGGAGAUGUAUUGUCAUCGACCAUGAACUGAAAUGUAACACUUGAGAGAUGUAUGAGAGGUCAGCCUCAUUGAACUGUCAAAAACUCCCCUUCACCAAUAUAAAUGUAAUAUUUUCAUUACAUUGGCAGAUAACUUUUGAAUAUUUGGCUGCGAUACAUUUCCACAUGAUAAACCACUGUUGACCUAUCAUUUGUGGCCAGAUCACUUCUGAAAAAGAGCUAUAUAGCUCAGUGGGCUUU